UAAAGCGUGUGGAGGCGAAGAAGAAAUCCAUCUUUGAAGGAGGCAACUACAGAAGACAAUGGAGGAAACGAAGGAGGUGACGCCCCCAAGAGACGCGAUGGAGACGGUGGCCCCACAGGCUCCCGUCACCAAAGAGAGAAGGGUCCGAGGAGACUUGGACGCUAAGCUUCCAAAGCCCUACAUGGCUAGAGCUCUAGUUGCUGCUGACACUGAACAUGUUUAUGGCACAUUGGGUCAUGAACACUACCAUCUAAGUGUUCUUCAACAACAUGCUGCCUUUUUCGACCAGGAUGAUAAUGGCAUCAUCUACCCGUGGGAGACUUACACAGGACUAAGGGCAAUUGGGUUCAAUUUCUUUGCAUCUGCAAUCAUGGCCGUUAUCAUAAAUGGGGCAGUGAGCUACACUACUCUACCAGGUUGGAUACCUUCCCCAUUCUUACCAAUAUACGUACACAACAUCCAUAAAUCUAAGCACGGAAGCGACACUGGAACGUACGAUACGGAAGGAAGGUUUGUUCCAGUGAACUUCGAGAACAUAUUCAGUAAGUAUGCACUCACUGUAGCGGAUAAGCUUACCCUUCGGGAGAUCUGGCAAAUGACUGAAGGCAACCGUAAUACAAUGGACUUCUUCGGCUGGAUUGCGAGUAAGCUGGAGUGGGGGCUACUGUACGUAUUGGCACGAGAUGAAGAAGGGUUCCUAUCCAAAGAGGCUGCUAGGCGUGUUUUCGACGGUAGUCUCUUCGAGUAUGUUGCUAAGCAGCGAUUGGCUGCUGACAAGAUGAGUUAAGGGCAUGUCUCUCUCUCUCUAUAUAUA